AUGCGGACCCAAAUGCGCGGCCGACCGCCGCGGUACUCCGAUUUGAGCGAGGAUUACGUCGUCGGAGAAAUCCUGGAAGACAUUGAGUGCUUGCAGAUCGACGUCGCGCAGUUGGAGGAGUACGACGACCUGAACGAUGACACAUUCGGAGAUGGAAUAGGGGAGGAGUGGGACCCGUCGGAGACGUUUUUGGCCGCGGAAAGGGAGCCGGUGGUCCGGCGGCCCGCCCGCAAGCCUCGCGAGCUGGUCAAGUGCGAGCUCUUCGAUUUCCCCGAGCCGACCCGUGCACAUCGCCAGCAGAACAAUCGGAACCAGUCGCAGCGGCAAAAUCAGCGGAGGUCUCAGAACCAGCAGUCGGACAACAGUCAGAACACGAACGCCGCGCGCAGGGCUGACAGGUCGCCUCGGGGCAGGCGCAGCUCAGACGAGACCGAUGAAGUGGAGCACAAAAGGUCUUUCAUCUCCGACCUCAACCGCUACCGCCGGCUGGGCAUGUUCACCCUGAACCCGAGGCUUGUGGAGUUGGUGGCCGCCGGGAAAAGGGAGACCCACCACCGUUGGAGGAUAUCGCAGCGCACGCUCGAGCGCCACGCCAGGGGUGUGAAGCGUACGCCAGAGAACAUGGAGAGGGAGCUCUUCAUGGACGACCACGCGUUCGACCAGAUUUUGCGCAUCCACCUGGCCCAGACAUGCAAGGAUCCGCGCCUGCAGAACUACACCGGCCGCUGGAACACGCGGCACCUCGGCAUCAACCCCCCCAGGGAUGCGGCCAGCCCGGGUGAUGCGGACCCGGACGAGACGCAGCCCGCUUCGCCGGAGCACAAGAGCGUCGUGAACCCCAACCGCUUCGGAAAGACCAGUGCAGCCUCGGUGCGUUAUGGUCGCAAGCUGAUUCGACUGGACGAAGUGGUCACCUCGCCGAGCUCGGGGCCGGUCUGCAUGGAGCGGCAGCUCCGGGAGACCAUCGAGCUCGGCUACGAGGCGCUCUACACGUUGUGCGACAUCGAGGAGGACAUCGAACAGUGCCCGAUGAACCACGUCGCGGCGCUCGACAAGAUGCAGAAGGAGCGCGACGGCAAGCUCAACCAGCUCUUCCUCUCGUUGACCACGGGGAAUGUCAGCGUCGAGAGCAUCAUGGAGCUCAACAAGGGGCGCGUGCUCAUGAUCAAGCUGGGCCGCAAGCUCAGCAUCGAGACCAAGCUGCAGCUGGCCUGCUGCAUAGUCGACUGCAUGCCCGCGUUCGCGCGCAUCUGCGCGGCGGUUGACGAGGCCUUGGCGGGCGAGGCGACGCUGCUGCCGCUCAUCGAGGUGCUCUCGUCGGCGACCGACAUGAAGCCGCUGGUCGCGUUUGAGCGGGACGACGUGCACACACAUCCCACCGGCGGCGUGCUGCUGCAGCACCGGCUGCGAGACGCGAACUCCUACACGCAGUGCUUCCUCCUCAUCAUCGAGUCGCUGACGCUCACCGGGCACCUCUUCCUGCUGACGGCCGAGACCGGCGGGCGCCAGACCGCGCUGCAGCGGUGUUGCAACAUCCUGCUGCGUUGGCAGCAGGCCUGCAACGUGUUCGUGGAGCUGCUCAGGCACAGGGGCGGGGUCAUCUUCAUGAACGUGCUGCUGGAGCGCAUCCAAGACAGCCCCGUUGCCGUCGAUAAGGAGUCGGUCGACAUGAUCCUGCACUACACGCUCGAGGCGUCUGAGCAGAUCACUGCGCACGGCGAUGAGUGGCGGUCGCUGGCCUCCAGCAUCAUGCGGAUGUUCCAGUAG